GACCGAGUCAUCAGUUACCGAUCUCGUCGUCGACAAGACUCGCAAAUUUCGAAAAACCGUAACACUCAAAUACACGUAUACAAGCUAAAAUGGCAGCUAAGUUGAUCAUCUUCGCCGCUUGCGUGGCCUCUGCCCUCGCUCAAUACCCAGCCCCGGCUUACAAGCCCGCUUACCCGGCCGCCGCCUACCCAGCACCAGCAUACGCCGCACCAGCUUACUCCGCACCAAAGGCUUACGCUCCGGAACCCGCCUACGCACCAGCCCCGUACAACUUCGAAUACAGCGUAAACGACCCGUCCACAUACGACGUCAAGAGCCAAUCCGAAUACGCCGACGGUAACGGUUACGUCAAGGGAUCUUACAGCCUUUUGGAAGCCGACGGUUCCACCCGCGUCGUCGAAUACACCGCUGACGACUACAACGGUUUCAACGCCGAAGUCAAGAAAAUCGACGGUGGAUACAAGGCCCCGUACAGCGCCCCGGCCCCGGCCUACAAAGCCGCCCCGGCCUACAAACCCGCUUACUCAGCACCGGCCUACAAGCCCGCUUACCCAGCACCGGCCUACAAGCCCGCUCCGUACAAGGCGUACUAAUUACCGCCAUUCCUCUUCGUGAUCUAUCGCAGCCACUCUUCCAGACACUGUAUCUCGUCACCGCCGGUGAAACCGUCUCAAUUUGAUCGUUACCAACUACACCCGUCCGAGUCACAUACACAUUAUUGUGUGUGUGUGUGUAUGUGCGUAUACCUACAACUCGUGUAUAAAUAUUAUGUGUUUUGUAAAUAAUUCUUACUAGACGACAUCAUCAUCAUCAUAGUAUUAUUAUUAUUAUUUUCUGUAUUAUAUCUAUCCGUCGUGAUACUAUAAUAU